GGAUUUCUUCCUUUAUACAAACUAGAAAUAAGUGACUUGAGCUAAAAGUUGAUGUUAAUUUAAAACAAGGUCAUCCAGGAAUCUCCAUAUUCUUUAACUCAGUAUAAGCUUUGAAGAGGCCACAAUGCUAGGCAUUCUGGUAGGGUACAGUAAUGCAUCCUAGAGCCUUCCAAGGAUCUUUGUUAGUCUAAAUAUAGUUAUAUUCUUCCUUGUUAGUCAUUUCUAUGAUUAAUAACUUUAACAUCCAUACUGAAUAUGCAUUGUCUCAUAAAGAAUAAGGUUUCUCAGAGUGGUUCUCAGCCUUCCUAAUGCUGCUACCCCAUUAAUAAGUUCUUUGUGUGGUGGUGACUCCAACCAUAAAAUUAUUUUCGUUGCUAUUUCAUAACUGUAAUUUUGCUAAUGUUAUUAAUCAUAAUGUAUAUAUCUGAUAUUCAGUAUAUCAGAAAUGUGACCCUGUGAAAGGGUCAUUUGAGACCCUCAAAGGGAUUGUGACCCACAGGUUGAGAACCACUGCUACUGUGGUAUGGUUUUAAUGAAUACCAAAUUGGUCUGCUUACUAAUCUCCUGUCUUGUCACUAAGAACCCAUCUUCUUCAUCAUAACCGUUUCAUAGCAACCUUGGGUGAUGUAAACAAACAAUGAACUCCUCUGUUCUUCAGGGUAAAUAGAGAAGACUAGAGAGUCAAGCAGCAUCAUUCAUCCUCACACCUAGUAUCAUCCUGGUUCUUUGGAAAAGAGAAUACCUGGAACAAGACAGGAGCUGCCUCUGCUGUAGCCUCACUUGCUCCUUCGGAAGGGUGUGUUGGACUAAAUAUUCACACACACACCCUUUAGUAUAUUUAGUAUCUUUAACUCCUAUUAUGUAGCUGAAAAUGCCCUGGAACUUCUGACCUUUGUGAGUGCUGGGAUAGGGGAUAUGUUGCCACACAACAGUGUGCGUGGUGCUGGGGAUCCACCUAGAGCUUCAUGUGUGCUAGGCAAGGGCUCUGCCAGCACUCACUGAGCGUUCUCUUUUCUGUUGAGACGGUUCUCGUCAAAUAGCCCAGGCUAGCCUUGAAUUUGCCAUCAUUCCUGCCUCUGCCUCUAGGUGUUGUCACCACCAUUUCUUUAAAAAUCUUUACAAAUGAAGGUAGUUGACACUGGGGAAAACGUUUUCAGGUGCAGUGUUCAAAGUGACCUUCCUGAAACUAGACAGGGAGAUCUCGGUUUGCAAAGGGAGAAAAAUAGAAAUGGGAGUCAAGUGACUCUAGAGUUAUCUUUUUAGUUUUUUGAAGCAGGGUUUCUCUGUGUAGUUUUGGAGCCUGUCCUGGAACUCACUCUGUAGACCAGGCUGGCCUUGAAGUCAGAGAUCCACCUACCUCUUCCUCCCGAGUGCUGGGAUUAAAGGCAUUUGCCGCCACCACCUGGCCAGAGUUAUCUUUUUAAUGGAUGUGGUUUAUAGGAACAUUCACAGUAAAGAAUUAAAGGUACUCAAAUUAACAUUUCAACCCAGCCCCGCCUCACCACUUUCUUAGGACUGGUUUUUCUAUCUGGUCAGGUUUAGCAUGGGAUUUGGAAACUUCCACAGUUUGAAGGAAGGGAACUGCAAUUUACUUCAGCUUCUGAGGCCUUUCCCUUUUUUGUUCUUAAGCCCGUGGGUUUCAAUUCAUUAGGAGGAAGUGACAAGAAAGACACCUGUGAAGAUGCCCCUGGCAAACUUAGACAUCAGUAGUGUUUUUUUUCUUCUGCCUGUGGCCUCACCUAAGGAUAAGGACUGCGCUUCUGUGCACAUGUGUGCAGGUGCACGUGUCUGCUUUGUUGACAGCUAUGCAUCAUAAUCCCUCAAUGCCAAGGGUUAUUCCAAGUUGGAGAAUCUGUGUUACAGUACAAUAGAGCCUUCAUCUGGAAUGCCUGCUGGUAAAAUGCCUACAGAGACAUGAAGCCUGGGGCCACUGUUUUUAUCUUUGGGAGCCUGGUGUUGAUAAUCUACCUGCCUUUGGUGUUGAUGACACCUAAAACACUGGCCAUCCCCAAGAAGCUACAACAAGCUGUGGGGAGAGUCAUUGUCAAUGCCACAACAUGCACUGUUACAUGUGGCCUUGGCUACAAGGAAGAGACCGUCUGUGAGGUGGGUCCUGAUGGAGUGAGGAGGAAGUGCAAGUCCCAGCGCUUGGAGUGCCUGACCAACUGGAUCUGUGGGAUGCUCCAUUUCACCGUCGUCCAUGGGGAAGAGUUUGAGCUGAACUGUCUCAGCUCAGACAUCCUAGAGGUGGGGAAAGAAGCUUUCCGCUUUACCUGGAAGCUUGCUCGGGGCAUCAUCUCUACUAAUGAUGAGGUUUUUAAACCCUUCCGGGUCAACUCUCACUUUCUGCGAUUUAAACCCGCCUAUGAGUAUGACUCUGGGACAUACCGAUGUGAUGUGCAGCUGCUGAAAAACUUGAAAUUUGUCAAGAGACUCUAUUUUGGCCUGAGGGUCCUUCCUCCAAAUUUGGUAAACCUGAAUUUCCAUCAGUCCCUCACUGAGGACCAGAAGUUAGUAGAUGAGGGCUGGGAAAUUAAUCUAGACAACCAUUCUAAGCCUGACCUCCCUAAGUGGCAAAAGAAGGUGGCAUCAGCCGUGGGCAUAGGGAUUGCUGUUGGAGUGUUCGGUGGCGUGCUGCUGAGCGUUGCUGUCCGCAGAGUGCUGGGGGGGAUUGACAGCAAUGGCGGCCUCAGCAGCUGAUGAUACCACCCUUACAACUGGGAGGCUGGCUGCCCGGGAAGCCAAGCUAGCUUGUACGUGAGUGUCCUGCCCCUCUGAUAGUGAAGUGACAAGAAAAGGGCUCCUAGAGUCAGCGGUUGGCCAGGAGGCUUGGAGGAUGCAACCUCAUCCCCACACUGCUGUUCAGGGCAGCAGUGUCUAUUGUCUUCAGAUUUUCUCAUACUGGGUGCUCAGGAAACCCACUCACGCCUGGCCUUGCUUCUGUUCUAGCGGAGUUGUGUCCUCCAAGCUUGCUCUUUUUCUUUUUGUGUUUUAGGGUGCAUGUGCCACUCACCUCCAUCCCACUCCUCUGAACUGUGUGUGUGGACCAGAAUGUGCUAGUAGCAGUUUGGGUGGAAACUUUUUAUUUUUGUUCAAUAAAGAGAAUUCGCAGUAA